GUUUUCUAAGGCCAAGAAUGUGUGAUUUACCCACCACAUUCAUGGCCAAGUUGGGAUUCUAAAUCUGUUCUUCUGAGUUGCAGUACAAUGCUCAAACCACUGUGUUGUGUUGGUUUGGUUACUUUUCCCCUCAAACUGUUGAAGAUGUAUAAAAACAUGAAAAAAAAAUAUGUUGGAAAUGUUAAGCACACCAAGGUACUUUCUAUUAUAUGUGGUGGACAUGUAACAAAGCAAAAGAGUAUUGGAAAUUGGAACAAAAUUUGUUACAAGAUAUAUUUAAAAUCAGGUUACGAUUAGGUUUAACUUUAUUUUUAUUGGGACAAACAAAAGCCAUGAAUUUCGAGUCAGUACGUCAUAUGAUUAUUUUGCAGAAAGACUACUCUAUGUACAAAAAAUACAGAACUAAAGAACUACCUCUGAAAGAAAAUUGAAUGAUAAAAGUUUUAGAAUUGGCAGAAAUUGAUAAUUUUUAAAACCCUUGAAGGUUUUGAAGAUUGAAUAACAAAAUUUAGACAGUAGGUGGAAUGCAGAAACUGUCUAGAAUGAUAGAUUAGCAGGGUUAUAACAAUAUUUUCUCUGUGUGUCUUUGAGGUGGGAGGUGGGAAGUCCAUUUUAAUAUUUUAUUAAAAUUUGAUUGUUUUUCAAUAUGGCGUAUGGGGAAAACUAAUUGAUGUAAAUAAAUAAUGAUAUGAGCAGUAUAGGAAAAAAAUCAUAGUCUUUAGAAAUUGUAUGGUAAUACUUAUGUUGCUGAAAAAAUAAUAAAAAGGUAAAGGUUUCCCCUUGACAUUAAGUCUAGUCGUGUUCGGGGGUUAGUGCUUGUCUCUAUUUCUAAACCUAAGAGCCAGCAUUGUCCAUAGACACCUCCAAAGUCAUGUGGCCAGCAUAACUGCAGGGAGCGCCAUUACUUUCCCGCCGGAGCUGUACCUAUUGAUCUACUCACAUUUGCAUAUUUUCAAACUGCUAGAUUGGGGUUAACAGCGGGAGCUUAUCCCACUCUCUGGAUUCGAACCACCAAACUUUUGGUCAGCAAGUUCAGCAGCUCAGCGGUUUAACCGCUGCACCACCCGGGGCUCCAAAAAAUAUAUGGAUAGAUUUUUAAAAUUAUGGAAAUUAAGGAGUUGGUGGCAAUUACUUCUUUCAGAGUUUGGGUAAAUUUCCUUGAUUUUGUGUUAUUCAAUUCACUGCACAUUCACUGAAAUGAACUAUAUUUUCAUUCCAUCUGUCAUUUCUUCUUUUCAGACAUGGAUACUUGCUUUGAAUGCCCGAAAGGACAAUACCCAAGCAAUGAUCAGCAUGAAUGCAUUCCUAAACAUAUUAUCUUCUUGUCUUACCAUGAACCUUUGGGAGUCAGUUUAACCAUUCUUUCCCUCACCUUUGUAUUUAUCACAGCUUUGGUGCUCGGGAUCUUCUUUAAGUACCAGGAUACUGCAAUUGUCAAAGCUAACAACCGCAGUCUAUCGUAUGUUCUACUCAUUUCUCUCCUCCUCGUGUUCAGUUGUGUUUUCUUGUUCAUUGGUCAGCCUAAUCAUCUCAUAUGCUUACUUAGAGACUGUCUUUUUAGUGUCCUCUUUACAGUAGCCCUAUCAUGUGUGUUGGCCAAAACAAUCACAGUGAUUCUAGUUUUCAAGGCCACCACACCUGAGUCCAAAAUGAAGAAAUGGGUGAGCAAGCCACUGGUCAAUUCCAUUGUGUUUUCCUGUCCCUUUAUUAAACUCAUUAUUUGUAUGGUGCGGCUGAUCAUUUUCCCCCCAUUCUUAGACUCUGAUAUGGAGUUAAUGGCCAAAUACAUUGUCCUGUAUUGUAAUCCCGGUUCACAUCUAAUGCUCUACAGUUGCCUCAGCACUUUUGGUCUGUUGAUUAUUCUAAGUUUCAGCAUGGCUUUCCUUGCCAGGAAACUUCCUGACAUUUUUAAUGAAGCCAAGUUCAUCACCUUCAGCAUGUUGGCAUUUUCUAGUGUAUGGCUCACCUUUAUUCCAACCUACCUGAGUACAAAAGGAAUAAAUAUGGUGACUGUGGAGAUCUUCUGCAUCCUAGCAUCAGGUGCAGCAUUGCUCAUAUGUAUAUUUUCUCCUAAAAUCUAUAUCAUAUUGCUAAAGCCUGAGCUAAACAACAAAAAGCUGUUAAUAAGGACAAAAACCUGAAAUGCUUAAAGCCCUCAG